UUAAAAAUAGGCAAAGGCUGGCGCGCAGGAGGCGCCCCACCAUGCAUGCGGUCGACCGUGGCCAUCGAUCGAUAUUAUAUAAUAAUUAUAUGAUAAUGAUCCAUCGACCAUUAAUUGCUUAGAAAGCAGGUUAUAAUUAUAUUAAGAAGAAGAGAACUAGAGAAGAAAGGAAGACGACGACGACGAUGCCGACAUCAGCGACGCCGGCGGUGUGCCUGGUGGUGGUGGUGGUGGCGGCGGCGGCGGCGUCGACGGCGACGGCGCAUUUCACGGUCGGCGACGUGGACGAGUACUUGUCGAAGCGCACGCAGGAGGCCCGCCACAGGAACCGCGCCGGCGCGGCGGCGCUCAACGACCUCAUCGCCGGCGCCACGCGCUUCCACGCCAACGUCGACGCGCGCGUGUACGGCGGCCGGCGCUCCAACCUGCAGGAGGAGGAUGCCGAGGAGGCACCAGCAGCUGCAGCUUCUUCCAACAAGAAGCAGCCGGCGGCAGAAGAACAACCACAGGCCGCAGCAACAACUAAGAUGCAUGGUUUUGGUGGCCAUUAACGUAACCACCAAGAUCAUGCAUCUUAAUUUCAUUUCGUUUCAUUAUCAACGACAUCCUUGUUCGGUUAAGUAUAUCCAUUUAAUUUACUACCAUCUGUAAGCAUGCAUGCACGUCAUCCGGAUAUUUCCUUUUUUUAAUAUAUAGUAUAAAUGUUCCAAGGAUGUAACAAUACCAUGUGUAUAAUUUUUAGAUCUAGCACAACUAGGUAUCUAUUGGCAUGUAUUACUACAAAUAUAUAUGUAUACUAAUUAAGUCGUCUAUGUUUGUAUUUAUUUGUAUACACGGUAAAAUCAAUGAGAUUGGAGUUAUACUUUUA